AUGCGCAGGAGGCCAGGUGCCUGCCGGCUGAGGAGCCGGUAGCAUCGCAGGCAGACCGGCGUCCUCAUGGUGCUGUGUCAGGGCGGCGAGGCCGCCGCCGUUUCAGCAGCGGGCGGGAAGGAGCCAGAGGUGCCGCUGAGCCAGGAGGAUGGUGCUGGUACGGGGCAGCCUUGCCUGUGCCCGGCGGCCGGCAUGGAGGCGGCAGGCGCCGAAGAGCGCCGCGUUUGUGGCUGCUGUUCGGGCUUGCCCUGGCCGCUCUGCUGCAAGGCACCUGGUGAGGAGAGGGAGACUAAGAAAACAUGUCCAGGACUUGGUCUGUUUUACACCGUACUGUCUGCCUUCCUUUUCUCAGUGGCCUCUUUAUUUCUUAAAAAAAUAGAAGAUGUACAUUCAGUGGAAGUGAGUGCAUUUCGAUGUGUUUUCCAAAUGGCAUUUGUUCUUCCUGGUUUAAUAUACUACAAAACAGGGUUUUUGGGACCAAAAGGUAAAAGAAUUUUUCUUUUCUUCCGAGGACUCCUUGGCUCUAGUGCAAUGAUCCUUAUCUACUAUGCCUUCCAAGUCAUGCCACUAGCUGAUGCCACUGUAAUAACUUUCAGCAGUCCUGUUUUCACAUCAUUGCUGGCAUGGAUCUUUCUUAAAGAAAAGUACAGUGUUUGGGAUCUUCUGUUUACCCUCUUCGCGGUCACUGGAGUGGUUCUUAUUGCCAGACCACCAUUUCUGUUUGGGUCGAAUGUUACAGGGAUUGAAGGAAGUUACACAGACCACGUUAAAGGAACUAUAGCAGCAAUUACAAGCACAGUAUCUGGAGCUUCAACUUUUGUUAUAAUAAGGAAGGUGGGAAAAUCUGUGCAUUAUUUUUUGUCAAUUUGGUAUUAUGCAGUCAUUGGUUUAAUUGGAUGUGUCAUAGCAUUGUUUGUUAUGAAUGAAUGGAGUUUACCAUCUUGUGGCAGAGAUAGGGUUCUUCUAAUAUUAAUAGGCCUGUUAGGGUUAGGGGGUCAGAUAUUUCUCACAAAAGCAUUGCAAAUUGAGAAAGCUGGACCUGUAGCCAUAAUGAGAACGAUGGAUGUGGUGUUUGCUUUUAUUUUACAGAUUCUUUUUCUCAACCACUGGCCAACUUGGUGGACUGUGGGUGGUGCCCUUUGUGUAGUAGCUAGUAGUUCUGGAACUGCCAUUCGUAAGUGGCGGCAAAGCCUGAAAAAAGCUAAACAAACUGAAAUCUGACACUAAACAAAAUACACUGCUACUAAUUCAUUACAGAAACAAGCAAUCUUGAAAUAUAUAGACAAUAUUUAUUCUUAUUUAUUUACGAUAUCUCAAUUUACCAAAUGGUAGUGCCAAACUAUGUCAAAUAAAAUAAGCUGAUUUUUCUUAAAAACCAAAGUUUAAGGUGUUUUAACAACUGCUUAGGUAUAUUUAGGCAUGCAAAUAUGAGAAGUAGAAAGUUAUUUAAAAGUUGCUUGCUUCCUAUCAGAAGUGGACAAUAGGGUUUUUUGCUUUAAUUUUCCUAAAAUUCCUGAUUUCCCCCUUCUUAGAUCCUUUCUUUAUCCUUCUUCCAGAUUUAUUUAAUCCUGUUCUGUGCUCAAUUGACAGAGGGAUUGCAGUACAAAAGUUCGAAGAGAAUGAGGAAUUACAAUCCUAUAAGCGUUGGAUGUUUAUAGAACAGAUAAAGCUUGCACAUUUACAAGGUUUCUGAGUUGCUUUGGGGUGGAUUUGGUUUUUGUUCUUCACCAAACAGAUGCCAAAUGGGGAUUUAUUUUUAAUUUGGAUUCUAAAAGAACAAAGGCAUUUUUGUCUUUCAAAGAAAUAGCAGGAGAAAACUGACUUGUAAAAUUUAUAUCUCUGUUGUGCUCUAUU